CACAUUUUGUAGUAGUAAUUUUUGUAGCAGUAAGCAGAUAAAACAUUUGGAAUGCAUUGUUGGCAUUGGUUUUAAGUAUAUUUACCGGUGAGUAUUUAUUUAACCGGUGAAUACACUACAAUUUAAAUGAUAAUUAAGUCUAUUGUUUCUUUCAAGACAAGUGCAUUUCAACUUUACAGAGGUUGUACAAGAAAAGUGUAUCGAACAAUGUCUUCACAACCGUUAACUUUGGAUACUUUGAACAAACUGCGAGAUGAUUUCUACAAGUGUCCAAAGAAUGAACUCGCUCAAAAUGUCUGCACCCGCUUUGAUCCCUUCGAAGUUGCCAUCAGUAAACGGAAGACAGAUGCAUCUUUACAUGUCUAUAAUAUUAAGAUUGAAAAUGAAGGCAAGCCGGUGACUAACCAAGAGAAUUCUGGGCGUUGUUGGUUGUUUGCCGCACUAAAUGUCAUGCGCUUGCCGUUCAUGAAGAAAUAUGGCAUUGAAGAGUUUGAAUUCUCGCAGACUUAUCUAUUCUUCUGGGAUAAAAUAGAGCGGUCCCACUACUGGUUGAACAACAUUGUCAAUACGGCAAAGCAGGGGGAAAAACUGGAGGGGAGAUUGGUUAACUUCUUGCUAAAGGAUCCCAUAAACGACGGUGGGCAAUGGGACAUGAUAGUGAACCUCGUGAACAAGUACGGAGUGAUGCCCAAGAAGUGCUUCCCGGAGUCGUUCAGCUCCAGACGGAGUUUGCACAUGAACGCCAUCAUUAAGACUAAGUUGCGAGAGUUCGCGAAAGAGCUCCGCGAACAAGUGGCUAACAGAGCCAGCGAUGAUGAAAUACAAGCCACCAUCAACAAGCAGAUUGGAGUCAUUUACCAUAUUGUGGCGACUUGUCUAGGAACACCACCACAGCUAUUCACGUUCGAGUACUAUAACAAGGAGAAGGCAUACAACAAGAUCGGUCCGAUCUCCCCGCUGGACUUCUACAAUGAGCACGUUCGACCGUUGUUUAAUGUUGACGAUAAGGUAUGCCUAGUUAGCGACCCGCGGGAGUCGAACCCGUUCGGCAAGCUGUACACGCUGCAGUGUCUCGGCAACGUGGUGGGGGGCAGACCGACGGCAUACAACAACCAGCCCAUCGAAACGCUUAUCAAGGCGGUGAAGGACAGCAUAUCGGGCGGCGAGGCGGUGUGGUUCGGCUGCGAGGUGUCCAAGCGGUUCGAGAGAAAGAACGGCCUGGAGGACCUGGACGCCCAAGACUACAAGCUGGUGUUCAACACGGAGGUGCAGGUGGGGCUGGGCAAGGCGGAGCGGCUGCUGUACGGCGACUCCUGCAUGACGCACGCCAUGGUGUUCACCGCCGUCGGCACCGACGACGACGGCAACCCCCGCAAAUUCCGCGUAGAGAACUCGUACAGCGACAAGGAGUUCGACAAGGGCUACUUGCUGCUCACCGAGCCGUGGUUCCGCGAGUUUGUUUUUGAGGUGGUAGUAGACAAGAAGUACGUGCCCAGCGAAGUGUUGGAAGUGUUCCAGCAAGAGGCGGUGGUGUUGCCAGCCUGGGACCCGAUGGGGACACUCGCCUGUCCAGUGUGCUCGAAGGAAUAGCCGGUGUUGCCAGCGUGCCUUAGCUUUGUAGGAAAAGUGCAUGAUUUUUUUUUUACUGUCUUAUGUUUUUUUUGCCAUAUCUCUAGAAUUUGUGGAAAAUUUUGUAACCGUUCCUGUCUUAUAGUGAGUUCUUUAACAAUUAUAUUGCAUUGUAUUUGUAUACUUAUUUCCGUUUCAUUUAAAAAAAAAAUCAAUGAUAUUUGGGCACAAUUUUGUUUUAUGUAGUUUUAAUAUUUUGGUGCUAUAUUCAGUUUGGCAUAAUUGUUUAGCCAUUUGUGUAUUUUAAUUCAAUCAAUAGUACUUGCCAGUUAUUGCACUUUACCAAUGUUGCUUGAUUUACUUUUAAUAAUUUUCAAUCAUUUGUUAAAUAUGUAUAUAAAUUCAUACAAAUUUGUUUGGGAUUACAAUGUGUUCAUAUAUAGUUACCGUUUUUAUCAGCUGGUGUCAUUUAUAUUGGCGAUGUCAUAGUAUUAGUAAUUAUUAGUAUUAUUACCAGUUCUUAUGUUCAGAGCAUAGGUUUACGCUUGACUCACGAUUAUGCUCAAAAAUCGUCCGAAGCAAAACUCUGCCUGCGCCUGUUUGGCAGAUUUUAAAUGAAAUGUUACAGUAGACUUUGAAUACUACUGCCAUGAAAUGAGCUGUUGAUUUGAAUGAAUUUUUUGUUUAACACCGCUCGGGCUUUGUUGGUGAUCUUUUAAUGAGCGAUUGUAGAGACUAGUUGUGAGUCAGGAGUAUAGAGGCGAUUCGAAGACUUAGCAAAUCAGAUUGAAUAUAACUAGAGCUGUCACAGAUUUGUAUUUUACCUUGGAUUCCUUUAACAACAUUGAAUUAAGUAUAGCUUUUUUAUAUGCUAAAUACUUUUUAUAAUUGACAAUAAAAACAAUAAAGUAAACGAAUUCGGAGGGUUUGUAUACUAUCCUAGGUCUGUAGUAUAUUUUUUGCUUAAAAUAUUGUAGAAGGAGGAAUCCAGGAUACGUGCCUUUUAGUUUAUGGGUACACAUGUGUGUAAUAUACCAUCAUGGGCUGCAAUCCUGUUUGCUCGUCGAAAUUACACCUGCAUAUAUAAUUUUAAAAAUAAUUAAAAAAGGUUAAUAUGUCAUUUGCUUCUUAAAUACGUAAAAUGUUAAUAAAGUUAAAAAUAGUGCGGUUCACAUUUACUUGUUCGUAAUAAUGUUGGUACAUGUAAUGUUAUAACUUGCAAUAAAUCCUAUAUUUUUAUA